AAGACGAUCUAUUGGGAAUGUCAAAGGAGCAGCUCUCACAGUUUGAAGAAACAAAUAAACGCCAGUUCAAUGAACAAUCGAAAGUUGGUGAGUGUACGCAUUCAAUAUAAAGGAACAUCAUCAUUUACUUACCUGCCUGUUUUUUACUCAGAGUACGUGCAGCCCGCAAAAGCGGAUUGCUAUGAACUGGAUGAGCUGCAGCGUGCGGAUGGUGUUUACAAAUUUCUGGAGCCGGAACUAAAUGAACGGCAUCGCGAUUUCAAUGAACGGCACUGUGCUUUUGCCACAGACGGUGCCGCCUGGACGAUAAUACAGCAACGCCAUGAGGGCAACAAUCUGCUGGCGGAGAACUUUAAUCGCAGCUGGGAUGAGUAUCGAGUCGGUUUUGGCAGCUUGCAAGGGGACUUUUGGUUUGGCAACGAGUUUAUACACCGUAUAGUUUAUCGCGACGAUUAUGUGCUGCGCAUCGAACUGGAGGAUCAGAAUGGUUUGCCCGUGUGGGCCGAAUACGCACUCUUUCGGCUGGACAGCGAAAGUUACAACUAUCAAUUGGUGAUUGGUAAACUGAAUGGCAAUAGCACCACGUCCGAUGCCCUUAGCUAUCACAAUCGCAUGGAUUUCAGGGCCUACGACCGCAAUGAAAAUUGUGCUGGCUGGUGGUUUGAUCGUUGCCAGGAAGCUCAAUCCAAUUUAAAUGGACAGCGUAUUAUCUGGGGCAACUGGCACAACGAAUAUUCGGUGAAAGCUUCUCGUAUGUUGAUACGGCCGCGAAACUUAAAUUCGGUAGAUAUCCACGAUAUUUAUGACGAGGACUCCACAUAUAAUUUUUAGUUUUAAAUAUUGCGAGCGAUAAAUUAAAAAACAAAACAUUUAUAUUUCUAGUACGUACUCGAAUAUUGCUACAAAUAAACGUUACCGCCGA